AACGCAUAUCCGAAGCGCGCGCGCACCCGCAGUCGCGAUGCGCGCGCCGCUCACACCCGCGGCCUGUGCCGCAUUACUUCUGCUCUGGCCUGCCUCCCUGGUACUUUGCUAUCAGGACGACAGAGGAUACCAAGCAGAGGACGCUUAUCACGACGAUGUGUUAGAAGUAUUAGACGGCAGCUCACCAUGUCCGACGGACAGUAUCCUGCGCACCCGGGACAUGUGCCGGGUGGACGGCGUCGACAUCCAGUGCAUAAAGCUCAAGUGCUGUGACACUCACGUCUUCAUUGCGGGCAGGUGCAUUCCAAAGACAGUGGACCCUUGCAGCCUGCAGCUAUGUGAGCAAGCGUGUGAGGUGCGCGAGGACCGCGUGUGGUGCACCUGUCACCAAGGUUUCCACUUCGAUGCAGAUCACUACAGAAGAAAAUCACAACCUUACUGCGUUGAUGUGGAUGAAUGCUCUACCAACAACGGUGGUUGCGAGCAACGGUGUGUGAACGACCCCGGUGGUUAUCACUGCGAAUGUGCGCCUCCAUUGGUCUUAUCUAGUGAUGGCAAAAAAUGUGAACCAAGAGUAGCAGUCCCAAUAACCGCAUAUCUGCAGGAGCCGCUGCCGCUGGUGCGAGCGUCUUCCAGGUGCUAUGCGCCCUGCGACACUGUCAGCUGGCUGUCGAGGAAGGUCAAACAACUAAACGAUCAGCUACACUCCACUCAAACUGCGUUAAAGAAACUUAUGGAAAAUCCAGCGUUAAGAGAUGGUGAUAGAUUCGCGGAAGGGAGCUAUGCCUUCAGAGUGUUAGAUUCAACAGCAAAAUUAGAAGGAGGAUACUGUCGGUGUGAGAGAGGUCCCAGGGGUCCUGCUGGUCCCCCAGGUAUGGAAGGGCCAAAAGGUGACACCGGUCCGAGAGGUCCACGCGGUCCACGAGGACCAAAAGGUUCAUUGGACCUCAUGCUGCUAAUGAUAGCAGACUUGAAACAUGACAUCCAGAAUAUAGAAGCACGCGUGUAUAAAGAUGAAGAGAGGCCAGAACGUUUCAAUCUUCAGAAAGCCUGGCUUCGUCAGCGCAAACGAGACAAGUUGGAAAGGGAAAGCAAAACCGAGCAAGAACUAGAAGCUUACACCGCGCCACCCAUUGAAGGACCGGUCGAUAUUUCUCCAAACGGUUUAAACGGCGAAAUACUCCACGAAUCAACAACGGACUGGUCCUUAGUAAAAGGCGACAGUGAUCCAUCCGACCUGCCGCUAGGCUUGAUGGACGACAUGGCUGCUUUAGAGAAACUCCGCCACUACCACAUACUGGCCAACAUGACCACUUCUGACGAGGACGAGGAACCAGACAACGACUACGAUUACAGCUUCUACUAGGAUAACAUGAUGAUAAAGGAGAUUUUGUAUAA